AUGGCCGUUGAUUCUGCUGACCGGCGGGAAGUCUUCGUUAAAAUCGACGAUGAGAAGGGGAGCAGCAAUGGAGUCUCCGGAGAGACGGUGGGGAAGAUUUGGAGAGACGGAAGUUACGAUUUCUGGACUGAUGGACAAGGUAACAUCCAUAAAGGGAUUAAUGUUGAUAGAUCCUCCGAGGCCGCGUCGGAGGAGGAGAAAGGUGAUGACGAGCUUUUUGAGUUUCGACGCGGCGAGGAUCCUCCCACGAAGCUUAUUGGUCAGUUUCUGCAUAAACAGCAAGCUUCCGGCGAGAUUUCUCUUGAUAUGGACUUGGGCAUGGACGAGCUUCAGUCCAGGGGUUUAACUCCGGUUUUGGAAUCUCCGGCGUCGGCUAGAGUUUCUUCCGCUGGGGCUACCACCAAACCCGACGCCGUGGGAAGACGAGACAGCCGUAGCAACAAGAACGACGGCGCCGACGGAGAAGUCGUCAAGUGUAGUGGAAACGCUCCGAAUCCGAAAAACUCUACUUUGCUUAAGAUGCGAACCAGGUCACGGCUUUCGGAUCCACCAACGCCAAAGCCGCCGCUGCCGCCGCAAGCGGCGGAGAUGAAAUCGGGUCGGAUUCCGAAAUCAGGGCAGCUGAAAUCAGGGUUUUUCGGGAAAAGCCCUAGAAAUCAAGGAGAGGAAGAGGAAGACGAUCCAUUUGCAGAAGAGGAUUUACCAGAAGAGUACAGGAAAGACAAACUUAGUCUAUGGAUUGUAAUGGAAUGGUUGAGCUUGAUUUUGAUAAUCGCUGCUUUGGUUUGCACACUUGCGAUACCUUCCUUGCGUAAGAAGAUAGUGUGGGAACUUCAGCUAUGGAAAUGGGAAACAAUGGUUCUAGUGUUGAUCUGUGGGAGGUUGGUCUCUAGCUGGAUCGUGAAGAUAGCCGUCUUCUUCAUCGAGAGGAACUUCCUUCUGAGGAAAAGGGUUUUGUACUUCGUCUACGGCAUCCGCAAGGCGGUGCAGAAUUGCUUAUGGCUAGGACUUGUUUUGCUCGCUUGGCACUUCUUGUUCGAUGACAAAGUGGCUAAAGCAGCAAACACCAAGGCGCUUCGGGUUGUGACGAAGAUCUUUGUGUGUAUGUUGAUUGGGUUCUUGCUGUGGCUCGUGAAGACACUGCUUGUCAAGGUUCUUGCUUCCUCGUUCCACAUGAGCACUUACUUCGACAGGAUCCAAGAGUCUUUGUUUACUCAGUACGUGAUUGAGACGCUCUCUGGUCCUCCUUUGAUUGAGAUCCAAAGAAACGAGGAAGAAGAAGAGAGAAUCAGCGUCGAGGUUAACAAGUUUCAGAAUCCCGGUGGUGUCGAGAUUAAGUCAGGGGCUCAGAAAAGUCCAGUGAUGGUCGAGAAAAGCCCGUUGCUCUCUCGCGUUCUCUCUAUUGGAAAAGGAGGAGGAGGAGGAGACAAGAAGGGGAUUACGAUCGAUAGCCUUCACAAGCUGAAUACUAAGAAUGUUUCGGCGUGGAGAAUGAAGAGGCUGAUGAAUAUAAUCCGGCAUGGAUCACUUACUACUUUAGAUGAACAGCUACAAGAUUCGAACAUGGAUGACGAUAAAGGAAACCAAAUCAGAAGUGAGUUUGAGGCAAAGCUCGCUGCAAGAAAGAUCUUUCACAAUGUCGCCAAGCCGGGAUCAAAAUUCAUCUACUCGAAGGACCUUUCGCGGUUUCUGCCAGAAGACGAGGCUUUGAAGACUUUAAGUCUCUUUGAAGGAGCAUCUGAGACGAAUCGGAUCAGCAAAUCAUCUCUUAAAAACUGGGUGGUGAAUGCUUUCAGAGAGAGAAGAGCUCUUGCCUUGACCCUAAACGACACCAAGACAGCAGUGAACAGACUUCACAAGAUGGUGAAUAUCGUAGUUGGGAUCAUCAUAGUCAUCAUUUGGCUUAUCAUACUUGGAAUCACUGAUACCAAAUUCCUCGUGGUCAUGAGCUCGCAAGUCGUGGUCGUCGCGUUCAUAUUUGGAAACAUGUGCAAGAUAGUAUUCGAAUCCAUCAUCUACUUGUUUGUGAUACACCCGUUUGAUGUAGGCGAUAGAUGUGAAAUCGACGGAGUCCAGAUGGUUGUGGAAGAGAUGAACAUAUUGACAACUGUGUUCUUGAGGUUUGAUAACCAGAAAGUUGUGUACCCGAACAGUCUUCUGUGGACUAAAUCCAUUGGAAACUAUUACCGUAGCCCCGACAUGGGAGAUGGAAUCGAGUUCUCAAUCCACAUUGCUACACCAGCUGAGAAAAUCAUCCUCAUCAAACAGAGAAUCACAAGUUACAUUGAGGGAAAGAAGGAUCAUUGGUAUCCAGCGCCGAUGAUAGUAUUCAAAGACAUGGAGUCAUUAAACAGUGUGAGGAUCGCGGUUUGGCCAACACAUCGAAUGAAUCAUCAAGACAUGGGGGAGAAGUGGGCUCGAAGAUCUCAGCUCGUUGAAGAGAUUGCCAAGAUUUGCAGAGACCUUGACAUUGAGUAUCGACUGUAUCCUAUUGACAUCAAUGUCCGAAGCAUUCCUAAUCCUACUGUUCUGCCUGUUUCCGACCGUCUUCCUCCUCAUUGGACUGCUCCUGCUUCUGGCUGCAACUGA